UGUGAAAUGUGUGAAUGAUCACAGAAGUCACAUGGUUAUUCACAACAGCCUUGUACCAUGUGACAAGCUGUGACCGAUCACAGCUUACACAGUAUUUAUCAAUGGCUACAAGAAUGCAGCCAGAGAGAAGGAGAAAAAUGAUUGCUUUUAUAGCCUUUAUAGGUGUAAAAGCAAUCAGUGUAAAAAAAAAAAAAAAAUCUUCAUUACCCCCUACAAGUAGUACAGUGUCACUAUGGUGACACUAUACUGCUAGGACACAGCGGGCUCCGGAUUGUGGUGCCGUGCGCUCACAGGGAUCGUGCACAGGCAGUGAAUGCGGAAGCUGUUUAUAAAUGGCCACCCGCUCCUGCACUGCUCCCGUCCAGCCG